AUGGGAAUGUUGAUACCACUGCACAGUUGGGAGACAAAUGUUACAGAAAACAUUGAAGUUAGUGAAGAAGCUCUAAAGGUGAGAAAUAUGACAGUAAUUAAAGUAAUCAUUCUGUUAGGAUUUCCAAGCCUUCAUCAUCAUAAGGUUUUAACCUUCAGUCUGUUUUUCAUAAUUUACUGGAUGACCAUAUGUGGGAACAUCAUGACAAUUUUACUGGUGUCUCACAGCAAGAAUCUCCAUUCUCCUAUGUACUUCUUUCUUACUCAACUUUCUAUGUGUGACAUAUUGUUGACCACAAAUAUAGUUCCCAAUUUGUUGUCUAUUAUCCUUAAUGAAGGUGGACUUAUUUCUCUUUUGGGCUGUAUCUCUCAAUACUUGUUCUUUUGUUCCACAGAAUGUUCAGAGUGUCUCCUUCUGACAGUGAUGUCUUAUGACCGUUACUUGGCCAUAUGUAACUCGCUGCAUUACACGACUAUAAUGAGCCACAUGUUUUGCUUUAAAUUAGGUAUAAUGUGUUGGGUGAUAAGUUUUUCCGUGCUACUAAAUGAAGCUAUAGCUCUGAGUAAGUUGUGGUUCUGUGGACCACAUGUGAUUGACCAUUUUUUCUGUGAUAUUACUCCUUUGUUGGAACUUUCCUGCUCAGAUACCUAUGUGGCCGAACUUGUACCUAACUUGCUUUCAAUCCCAUUAGUUAUUAUCCCAUUCUUAAUCAUUAUUAUUUCUUAUGUCUAUAUUGUGUCCACCAUCCUAAGAAUCCCAUCUCUUACUGGAAGACAUAAGGCCUUCUCUACCUGCAGCUCGCACCUGGUCAUUGUCUGUUUAUUUUAUGGAGCCCUGACAAGUAUUUAUUCUCUUCCAACCAAAGCAAAGUCACACGGUUUCAGUAAAAUCCUGUCUCUGCUGUACACUGUGGUGACACCACUGAUUAACCCUAUCAUCUAUAGCUUCAGAAAUAAGGACUUUCAUACAGCAUUUGAUAAAUAUAUCAGGAUAACGUCAGUGUCUAAGACUAGAUGA